AACCCGGAAGUGUCAAUGUAAACAAAAUACUUAAGAAGAAGAGACUCAAGUAGAGACCAUCGCUUUAACACAGUAACUACAGACUGUAGUUUAUAUAAACGAUAAAAUCAUAUUUACAAUAAAAUUUUCCUGUGGCAUCUAUUGCCAGGUACUUGCGAAGAUAGCUGCCAGCUGGCGUUACCGGAGUGGUAAAUCUCACUGUGCUAACGGUUAGCCUGCUUUAGCUCCAAGUUAGAGAUGCCUCAGGACGGAGACCAGCCCGUCUCACUGGUUCGCUCCCGUAACAGUGAAAUACCAGUUUAUGCUGUGUUUUGUAACCGCAGCUCCCGAGUAGUACGACCACUGUGGAUAAAUUACAGCGGGGAACUUCACCCCUACGAUGAUAUACAGCCGGGGACUGGCCGGAGAAUGAACACCUUUGUUGGUCACCCCUGGAUCUUCAGAGAUGCAGAGACUGAUGAGCCAAUGUGGGUGAACUGCAAAGAGCUGUUUCUCCCUAAACCAGCAGAGAAUAGACACCCUACAAUUGCUAAUAUCACUUUACCAGUGUACAGCCUCAAGGAUCGUGCUCUUCAGGUUAUUCGGUGUCUGGUACAACCAGGAGACUACAGAAGGUUGGAAAUAGCGCGGUGUCUCCAUGAAGAGCUGGAAGACAAGCCCAGUGCUUUGAAAGACCUGCAUCGCAUAAACCAGAGAGUAGAGCAGUAUCUGCAAGAUGCCACCACGGAUGAGACAUGAAGCUCAGAAGUGUGGAAGCUGAUUGUUUUUGAACAGUGAUAUUGGACACUUUUAUACAGCAAAGGCAUCAGAAUUAAUUAACCAUAAGAUACAACAUCUGGGUUAAUUUCUUUAGGAAAUCAGCAGCUGCUCCAAAGGCUCCAAGCACCCUGCUGCCUGUUUAUCACUUUCUUUUGCCACUGCCUUCCUUUUCUAGCACAGCAGAACUCAAUGUUGCAUUUAUCUUUCAGUAACAGAAAAAAUGUAGUUCAAGGAUGCUUAUGUAGACAAGCCUCAUUGUAUGAAAGUCCCUAAUUCUAUUUCUGUUUUGGUAUUUUUACACAAAUCAGUGUUAUUUUUAAUAAAUGAUAUUUGUAUCCUGAAUUCCUGUCCAAAAGAUCACAAUUUCUGUACAGUUUAUAAAACAUUUAUGCUGUUUAUGCACAUUUAGUUUUUUGUCAAAAUUAUGAUAUUGUUCCACUUUAUAGUCCAGCUCAUGCUGAAAGUAUCAAACAAACAAGCUAAAUGCAGACAGUGUGUGAGGAUAUACAACCACACAUGCUCAGUGUCCUACGGUGGUUUAUGUGUAACACAGUAACAUUUGUUCUCAAGUUAAUCACUCAAGGUUUGAAAUACCAUGUUUGGGGCACCUUUACACAAAACUUGGUCAGAGUAUUCUGUUUGCCUGCUUUGAUCUUUUCUGAUGCUGGUUUGAAUUCAUAUUUUGUUACUGGACUUCAAAGAAUUGUAGUAUUUUGUGUACUAAAUAAAUGAACCAUAUUUCUUUUAGUGA